UGCGCAAGUCAUUUGUGAACGUUACACGUUGUGCUUAGAAUAGCCUAGGAACCCGAUAUUACCGGUUUGGUAUCUCUAAUGUCCCGUGCCAUUGCGCUGCACAAUUUAGCAGCUCUCGUAGUCGUCUGUUAAACAUGCAUUGACAGUAUUUAUAACAAUGCAUUUAGUCGUUGAUUUAACUCAUUACUUAUUAUGGCAAUAUCAGUCGCUUUGAGACGAACUAAAGGUUUUCACGAGGCCGUGUGUGUUCUCAACACCUUGCAGACCAAUGCCAGUGUUCUGGAACAAGUGCGGAGGGAGAAUGUUCCGGAACUGCAGCUCCAGGCUAUGCGCAGUUUCCUCCAUCGUACAGGGCUCACUGUGGAGCAACUGGACAAGCUCAACAUGAUCCAUGUAACAGGAACCAAGGGCAAGGGAUCGACCUGUGCAUUUACUGAGAAAAUUCUCAGUAACUACGGCUUUAGAACAGGUUUUUACAGCUCUCCACACUUGGUUCAAGUGAGGGAAAGAAUACGUAUCAAUGGGCAGCCGAUCAGCAAAGAUCUUUUCACCAAAUACUUCUGGGAGGUCUACACACAAUUAGAUGCUACAAAGGGUUGCCAUGGAGACCGAAUGCCCGCCUAUUUCCGCUUCCUAACCCUCCUGGCGUUCCAUGUGUUCCUGCAGGAGAGGGUGGAUUUAGCGCUCAUUGAAGUUGGGAUAGGAGGGGCUUAUGACUGUACAAACAUUAUAAGGAGACCGUGGGUUUGUGGCAUCACAUCGUUAGGGAUUGAUCACACCAGCAUCCUGGGAGACACCAUCGAGGAGAUUGCUUGGCAGAAGGCUGGGAUCUUUAAGAAUCCUCCCUGUUUGAUAGAUGAAUCACUAGUCACUAGUCACAGUGAGCAACCCAACCUCCGUCCCCAGCCAGGAGUCCCUGCGUUCAGCGUCAGACAGCCCUCCGGACCCAUGCAGGUUCUCCAGAACCGAGCGGCCGAGAUUGGGUGCUUCCUGAGGGUGUGCCCGGAGCUGGAGAGCUACGAGACUGCAGCCGGACCUCUGGGCCUGGGGCUGGCGGGUCACCAGCAGCGCCCCAACGCUUCCCUGGCCCUGCAGCUCAGCAGGGCCUGGCUGCACAGAUACAGACAGCACGAUGACACCGACUCUGCUCCGUCGGUAGAGAACACACUGGCGUUCCAGUCAGAAGCGUUCAAGCCCAGUCCUGUCAUGAUCAAAGGCCUCCAGGACACAGAGUGGCCAGGCAGGACUCAGACCGUGAGACACGGCCCUGUCACCUACUACCUGGACGGGGCUCACACCUCGGGCAGCAUGCAGGCAUGUGUCCAGUGGUUCAGAGAGGAGACAGCGCUGGAGGAGAGAGGUCAUAGAGAGCCUGUGAUCCGAGUGUUGCUGUUCAACGCCACGGGAGAGAGAGACUGUGCUGCCAUGUUGAAACUUCUAGUGCCUUGCCACUUUGAUUAUGUGGUGUUCUGUCCCAACAUUACUGAAACUACCCCAGAGAACAAUCCAGAUCAGCAGAAUUUCAAUGUGUCGCUUGAGAACAUACUGACCCGUUGCCUGGACAACCAGCGCAGCUGGCAGAGUCUGAGUGGGCCGGAGACCCAGCAGGGGCCCCCGCUGCGGAUCCAGGAUCCCCCUCUGGUGGCGAAACCCCGGAAUCACACCCUGGUCUUUCCCUGCAUCCUCAGCGCCCUCCAGUGGAUCAGCCAGGGACGGGACCCCCUGCUGCCAGCGCCUGCAGAGCGAGGGGGCUCUCCUCCCCCCCAGACACAGGCAGGUGUCCUGGCUCAGACCGAACCCCUACGAGAAGCAGCUCAUAUCUCUGUCCUGAUCACGGGCAGUCUGCAUCUGGUUGGAGGGGCUCUGAAGCACCUGGACCCAUCGCUGGCUGGGUAGACGCGGCGCACAAUCUGACCCGGUUGUCCACGGACGAGGGGGAAAGUCUUCGAUCUAGAGAGUCUAGAUGUGCAUCAUGUUGACCCCUAAGAUGCAGGGUGUUAAGUGGGCCAGCAGAGGGCGAUAGAGACACACAGUGUUCGGUCUCAAGGUAUUUGUAGGGGCCUGUUGUACCUUUCUGAAACAUUUCUCCAUGUGAUCAUUUCUUUAUGAAUUGAAGUGCCCCAGUGUUAUCAGGAAUGUUUGCACUCACAUGGAUCGUAUUUUGCCGUAUUGGAAACAUGUGGAUGAGUGAGUUCUGAAAACCAUUUGAAUGUCGGAUGAGCCGGAAUAUGUUUAACCACUCUUUGUUAACAAGGUAUUCAUAAACAUGAGUUUUAAGCACUGCUUUUUUAGUUUUAAGCACUGCUUCACCUGACUGCAGCAUAUGUACACAAAUAUUGUCGAUCCAAACCUUCAAAAGCGGUGGCGUUAAACAGAAAAACAUGCCUGACUGUCUGCACAGGACACUGUCUCCAUAAGCCCCCUUGGUGAAUUCCCUGCAAUGUCUUAGCUAAGCUCACAGACAGACACAAUCUUAAAAGCUAAACGGAAUGCAAUAUUUGACCGUCAGAUUUACCUUCACAACACGGCCAAAGGAAGUUGUCCCUCAAUCCCCUUAGCCCUCCUCAAGCCCUUUCAUUACUGGAGCAUUUGAGGAAGCAGUCAUGGCCUGGGGUGGGUGAGAAAGGGUUAACGGGGGAUGUUUUCGUGGGUUCAGGGCCGAACUGGGGGACCAUUGUCGGUCUCACUUAUUAGCUUGUCAUCGAGAUUACCCCCAGACACGAGGUCACAGGACAGGGGAACCGAUCAGAGCCCCAACAUCUCUUAAAUACUUUCCAGAGAAAAUAUACUUUUGUGUCACGGUUAAAGCGCUGUUGAAUACAUGCUCACGGUCGGUCUCAGAGAUUUACUCACGAUACGUUUCACGAACGUAAAUACAAAAGUUUCAAACUUUUUCAUAUUUCAUAUUUGUUAUAUAUACUUGAAAUGAUGUAUAACUGUCAAUUAAACAGCUUCAAGACGGCAGAUAUUUGGU